GCACUGAGGCUCCCCCAGAGGCAGAGAUUUGUCGUUCCCAAAGCGCUGGGAGGAACGGCAGAAUUAAUUGCUGUUGCAGAAUUUCUUGAGAAAAGGGGGGAGUAGAGAUAGUGUUGAAAUGGAGGAGGAUAAGAUUAAGAGGAGGAAAAUUAGUGGGCGUAACAUUUGGUUUGGGUCGAUUUUUAUGCAUGCGGAUUCGGUGGAUGUGUUGCUGAUGGGGCUGGGGUUUCUGGGUGCGAUUGGAGAUGGAAUUUCCAUGCCUGUUAUGCUGUUAGUGACCAGCAAGCUCAUGAACAGCUUUGGAAACUCUCAGAUUUCACUUGCUGAGAAUUUCAGUCACACCAUUAAUAAGAAUGCACUGAAUCUUUGCUACAUUGCUUGCUCGCAAUGUGUGGCUUGUUUUCUUGAGGGAUAUUGUUUCACAAGAACAGCUGAGAGACAAGCUUCAAGGCUACGGACAAGGUACUUGAAAGCGGUAAUGAGACAAGAUGUCGGCUACUUUGAUUUGCAUGUAACCAGCACAGCGGAGGUCAUCGAAAGCGUCUCCACAGAUAGUGUGGUAAUUCAAGAGACCAUUAGUGAAAAGGUUCCUGUUUUUGUGAUGAACCUUUCGACAUUCUUUGGCUCCUACGUGGUGGCGUUUCUAUUGCUGUGGAGAUUAGCAAUUGUGGGGUUCCCAUUUAUAGUGUUUCUUCUGAUACCAGGUUUGUUGUAUGGGAGGGCCCUUAUGAGCAUUUCAAGAAAAAUCAAGGAUGAGUAUAAUAAAGCUGGUGCAAUAGUGGAGCAAGCAGUUUCUUCUGUCCGAACAGUGUAUUCCUUUGUUGGGGAGAGCAAGAUCAUCUCAGCAUAUUCUGAUGCUCUUCAAGGGACAGUGAAUUUGGGAUUGAGACAAGGCUUAGCCAAAGGCUUGGCCAUUGGGAGUAAUGGGAUUGUGUUUGCAAUUUGGUCCUUCAUGUCUUAUUACGGAAGUAGAAUGGUCAUGUACCACGGAGCUGAAGGAGGCACUGUCUUCGCUGUUGGAGCAGCAAUUGCUAUUGGUGGAUUAGCACUUGGUUCAGGUUUGUCCAAUAUGAAGUACUUCUCGGAGGCAAGGGCUGCGGCAGAGCACAUAAAGGAGGUCAUUCAAAGAGUACCCAAGAUCGAUUCAGAUAACAUGGAUGGCCAAAUACUACAAACUGUAUCUGGAGAAGUUGAGUUCAAACAUAUCAAUUUUGCGUAUCCUUCAAGGCCCGAAAGCAUAGUCUUUGAAGAUUUCAAUCUGAAAAUCCCGGCAGGAAAGACUGUAGCACUGGUUGGAGGAAGUGGUUCUGGAAAGUCUACAACAGUUGCUUUAUUGCAGAGAUUCUACGAUCCACUCAGUGGAGAAAUUCUCCUUGAUGGAGUCGAUAUUGACAAGUUGCAGCUUAAGUGGCUAAGGUCACAGAUGGGAUUAGUGAGUCAAGAGCCAGCCCUCUUUGCUACCUCAAUAAAGGAGAACAUACUUUUCGGUAAGGAAAAUGCAUCCAUGGAAGAGAUUAUAGAGGCUUCCAAAGCUUCCAAUGCGCAUAACUUCAUCAAUAUGUUGCCUCAAGGUUACGACACUCAGGUUGGUGAGAGAGGAGUGCAAAUGUCCGGAGGCCAAAAGCAGAGAAUAGGCAUAGCUAGAGCAAUAAUUAAGGCUCCCAAAAUCCUUCUACUUGAUGAGGCCACUAGUGCUCUUGACUCUGAAUCUGAGAGAGUUGUCCAAGAGGCUCUUGACAAGGCAGCAGUGGGUCGCACAACCAUUAUCAUAGCUCAUCGCCUUUCUACCAUACGUAAUGCUGAUGUUAUAGCUGUGAUCCAAAAUGGCCGGGUUGUGGAGAUUGGUUCGCAUGAUGAGCUCAUCGAAAAUGAAAGUGGCCAUUACACAACACUGGUUCGAUUCCAGCAGUCCGAGAAAACCAAGGAGUAUGCUAACUCUAACAAUGCCACACCAUCGUCUAUUAUGAACAAUGAUAUCAACAGCAUGAGUAGCAGAAGGCUGUCUAUAGUCAGCAGGUCUAGCUCAGCCAACUCACUUGCAGCAAACCGAGGCCAAGACAUUAGUGGAACUGCAGCCCACGAUCAAGUAUUUCAAAAUCCUUCAUUGAGAAAAUUAUUAGCCAUGAAUUCACCAGAAUGGAAGCAAGCAACAUUGGGAUGCAUAAAUGCUAUACUCUUUGGUGCUAUUCAGCCGGUGUAUGCCUUCGCCAUGGGAUCAAUGGUAUCCGUUUUUUUCUUGCCAGAUCACAAUAAAAUAAAGGAGAAGACGAAGAUAUAUGCGCUGUGCUUUCUUGGGCUGGCAAUUUUCUCCCUUUUGAUCAACAUCGGCCAGCAUUAUAACUUUGCUGCAAUGGGGGAACAUUUGACCAAAAGAAUAAGAGAAAGAAUGUUGUCCAAAAUGCUCACUUUUGAAAUUGGGUGGUUUGAUAAAGAUGAGAAUGCUACCGGUGCUAUAUGCUCUCGAUUAGCCAAAGAUGCCGGCGUAGUGAGGUCUCUGGUAGGCGAUCGGAUGGCGCUACUUAUCCAAACCUUUUCUGCAGUUAUCAUCGCUUGCACUAUGGGUCUUGCUGUUGCGUGGAAGCUUGCUUUAGUAAUGAUUGCUGUGCAGCCCCUGAUCAUUAUAUGCUACUAUUGCAAGCGUGUUCUGCUAAAGAACAUGUCACAAAAAGCUAUCAAAGCUCAAGGAGAAAGUAGCAAACUUGCUGCUGAAGCAGUCUCCAAUCUUCGGACGGUAACAGCUUUUUCUUCUCAAGCUCGAAUACUCAAAAUGCUUGAGAAAGCCCAAGAAGGCCCACGAAAGGAGAGCAUACGCCAGUCUUGGUAUGCAGGUGUUGGGCUGGGGAUUUCUCAGAGUCUCAUGACAUUCACUUGGGCAUUGGAUUUUUGGUAUGGCGGGAAGCUGAUUGCAGAAGGGUUCAUCGGGGCAGAGGCCUUGUUUCAGACUUUCAUGAUCUUGGUGAGCACAGGACGUGUCAUUGCGGAUGCUGGAACUAUGACCAAUGAUCUGAACAAAGGUGCUGAUUCAGUGGGAUCGAUUUUCGCUGUCUUGGACCGGUAUUCAUUGAUUGAGCCGGAAGAUCCAGAUGGUGUCCAGCCGGAUAAGCUGAAGGGGCAUGUUGAGCUGCGCAAUGUUGAGUUUGCGUAUCCAUCUCGACCUGAUAUAAUGGUGUUUCAAGGCUUUUCCAUUGUGAUUGAGGCAGGGAAAUCUACUGCACUUGUUGGCCAGAGUGGAUCCGGAAAAUCCACCAUUAUAGGCCUAAUCGAACGAUUCUAUGAUCCUCUUAAAGGAGAGGUUCGAAUCGAUGGACGGGAUAUUAAGACAUAUCACCUGAGGGCACUGAGAAAGCACAUUGCACUGGUCAGUCAAGAGCCAACGCUAUUUGCUGGCACAAUCAGGCAAAACAUCACUUACGGAGCAUCAGACGAGAUCGAUGAAGCUGAGAUCAUCGAGGCAUCCAAGGCAGCAAAUGCUCAUGAUUUCAUCGCAUCACUGAAGGAUGGGUACGACACUUUCUGCGGAGACAGAGGGGUGCAGCUGUCUGGAGGCCAGAAGCAGAGGAUCGCCAUUGCUCGUGCCAUCCUUAAGAAUCCUGCAAUAUUGUUGCUUGACGAGGCGACGAGUGCGCUUGACAGCCAGUCGGAGAAAGUGGUGCAGGACGCCCUUGAGAGGGUGAUGGUUGGUCGGACAAGCAUUGUCGUGGCGCACAGGCUCAGCACUAUACAGAACUGCAACACCAUCGUGGUCAUGGAGAAGGGGAAAGUUGUCGAGAAAGGGACACACUCAUCGCUGCUGGCCAAAGGGCCGAAUGGAGCGUAUUAUUCGCUUGUUAGUCUUCAGAGGCUACGAUCAACUAAUAAUGCUGAGCUCAUUACAGAGCCUUUAGACGGUAACCACAUCGUUCAAUCCGUGUGAUGAAUAUGUAUUUAAUGAUUUUUGGGCAUUGUUUAUUUUGUACAUAUUCAUUAUUAUGUAAGAGUUGGGCAAAAGAAAUGACAUUAAUGCUGCCAGUGUCGAGUGAAUUUGCAUUGCUGCUGUCCUACCCUAUUCACAGAUUGUAUGAAGCUUCUUCAAUGGCUUCAGUUAAUUCACUGUAACGAUAGGUUGGCUUUGAAAUAUGGUUAUGAAUAAUUUCAAGCUU